GAGUCUGAUAAAUUUAUCGCUCGACUGUUGUCAUAAAAAUCAUUUGGCUAUGGCGAUUGAUUUUGGUGUGGUCCAUUCUGUUGAGUACAAUUAUUCCCUAGAAUGUGCGCAUGAAAUAUUUGACUUAGUGCUUCUUGUAACUUAGUUUAUUCAUCUCAAAUCUGUAUUAGGAAGUGAAAAUCGUUUUAUUGUGUAACUGUUUAUUGGAUGUUAUCUAUCUUGUUUUUCUCGUUCACCAUCUUGUAGAUUUGCAUGCUUUACGGUGAUGUUUGAGUUGUCAAUGAUGGAAAACUCAUCAGUUUUCAAUCACAACCAGGUUGUCAUAAAAAUCAACCAGUUUUUCAAAGGGUAUUUAGAGGGUCGGUUUGACAGUUAUUCUUGGCCUGAGAUUCUCAAGUUGAAAGACUGGCCUCCUUCUAACUUGUUCGAGGAGAGCUUACCUCGUCAUGGUGUUGAGUUUAUCAGAUGCUUGCCCUUUAAAGAGUACACACAUCCUCACGAUGGCUACUUAAAUCUUGCUACUAAACUGCCAAAGAUUUCUCUGAAGCCAGAUAUGGGGCCAAAGACAUAUAUUGCUUAUGGAGUUGCUCAGGAAUUGGGGCGGGGUGAUUCUGUAACAAAAUUACACUGUGAUAUGUCUGAUGCAGUACGUCCUCUUAUGGUGAAUGUGUUGACACAUGAACAUGGGGUGACACUUAGACCUAAGCUGCUUCGUACCAUUAAAAUCCUGCAAAUGAAGCAUGCUGAACAGGAUGAAACGGAAAUGCGUGGCAGUAAACAGAUAUUGAAUAUAAUGGAUGAAAACAGUGAAAAAACAGGAAAUCUUGGAGAAUCUGUUGGAAAAUCAUCCGUGAAAACUUCGAUGUCGAAAAAAAAGGGCGGUAAUAGCAGUGGGAAGAAUAAAGCUGAUACCUCAGAUGAGGCGGCAAGUGUUAGAGACCCUGAAGGUGGUGCUCUAUGGGAUAUUUUUAGGAGGCAAGACGUACCAAAACUGGAGGAAUAUGUGAGGAAGCACUUGAAAGAAUUUAGGCAUAUCUAUUGUAAUCAAUUGUCGCAGGUUGUCCACCCUAUUCAUGAUCAAACGGUUUACUUGUCUAUGGAGCAUAAGAGGAAACUUAAGGAGGAGUAUGGAAUCGAACCAUGGACAUUUGUCCAGAAAUUAGGUGAUGCUGUUUUUAUACCUGCUGGCUGUCCCCAUCAAGUUAGAAAUUUAAAGCCUUGCAUAAAGGUGGCUCUUGACUUCGUCUCACCAGAAAAUGUCCAAGAGUGUCUUCGAUUGACACAGGAAUUCCGUGUUCUUCCACAAAAUCAUAGGGCUAAGGAAGACAAGUUAGAGGUGAAGAAAAUGGCUCUUCAUGCAAUUGAAAAAGCUGUGGAUCAUUUGGAGAUAUUUUCUGGCCCGAACUAGAACUGGCAAGUUUUUUAACUCUAGCCUUGACUUCUUCUGCCAAAAUAGACCUCUUUGAUCUU